AAGCAACCUUUAUUUCUCUUAUUUUCUUUCUUAAACUAUUUAUAACAUACAAAUUCAGAUUCAGAUUACUUAUAAGACUUUGUUAGCCUAAACGUUUGCAUCAAUCACUCCAAUAUUCUCAUACUUAUAUAUAUUUCUCUCCGACCCGAAACCCUAAUUCUUCUUCUUCUUCUUCUUCUUCUUCUUCUUAUUUUAUAUAUAUAUGUAUUUUCUUGUUAAGAACAAGAAGAGGAAAUCAAGAAUCUGCAUGUGUUCUUGAAGAACUAGGGUUAGUUAUAUAUAGCAAAAAAAUUAGCUAGCUAGGGUUUUUAUUUUGUUGGGUUGUUACUGUAUUUAACAAGAUCUUAGCUGAUAAUAUGUGUACAAGGGGUCAUUGGAGACCGGCUGAAGAUGAGAAGCUUCAAGAAUUGGUCCAACGUUAUGGUCCUCAUAACUGGAACGCCAUAGCUGAAAAACUUCAAGGAAGAUCCGGGAAGAGCUGUAGGUUGAGAUGGUUUAAUCAGUUGGAUCCAAGAAUCAAUCGAACGCCUUUCACAGAAGAUGAAGAAGAAAGACUGAUUGCUUCGCAUAGAAUACAUGGGAAUAGAUGGGCUAUUAUUGCCAGGCUUUUUCCUGGUAGAACUGAUAAUGCUGUCAAGAAUCAUUGGCAUGUUAUUAUGGCCAGAAAAUAUAGAGAAAAAUCAAGAAUUCAAGCUAAAAGAGCUGCUCAAAGUUUACUACACAACCAAAAAAAUCAUAAUUCUUCAUCAUUAAAACAAGAUCAUCAUGUGUUGCUGAAUUCAUGUGAUUCUAUCAAUCUCGCUUCGUUCGUCGAUAAAUGUUACGAAAGAUACUACAAUCAGUAUCCGAUCCCGCACAACUAUCGGUCUUUUUCCCGAGGAAAUGAAAUCCCAAGUCAAUGUGAAGGUAAGAAGCAGGAAAUAGAAUUUUAUGAUUUUCUGCAAGUGAAUACUGAUUCUAGCAAAAGUGAAGUGAUAGACAAUGGCAGAAGAGAUGAUGAGGAAGUGGAUCAACAGAAGACUAAAUCUGGCUUACCAUUCAUUGAUUUUUUAUCAGUUGGAAACUCCUCAUCAUCAUAGGCCAUGCACCAAUGCUGCUGCUGAUGAUGAUCAACAUGACGUUUCUCUCUUCAAAUGAAGAAUUAACUUUAGAUUUCUACAUUGUAAGCAUAACUAAUUAAUGUUUCCAGAUGCAUCAUUGACAAUAUAAAUGAAAAUAUUUAUGCAUGUAA